AUGCAGCGAAGGUGGAUCAAAGGCGUAUGGCUAGGUAAGCUGGACAGAGACGACAGCAAUGUGCUCGGCACGUCGUCUGGGGCAAUCGCCGUGAGAUCGGUGAGAAGACUGCCAAAGGAAUCACAGACCAGUCAAGAGUUGAUGAACGACAUGAAAGGAAUUCCUUGGCAACCCCGCGACGGGAUGAGGCACAAGAUCAACAGAGAGUUGUCACAGCCAGUGGCACUCCCAGCGCCAGCCGCAGCGGGCCCCACCGCGCUGGCAUCAGAACCCCCGGAGGAAGAACAUCCGACACUGGCAGAAGAUGGUCAAAACGUUGACCAGGAUGGGUUAGUCGUGCAAGCCGCAGCCCAGCUGGAAGACCUACUUGGCGACCAAGCCGAGGACUUCCCAGCGGGUAUCCCCGCGGACGACGACGACGCGCUAAGCUGCGUACCCACAACGCCAGCAAGAUCUGAAGCUGCAGAUCCUCCGCCGGCAGCAAGGCCGAGCGGGCAGCCUCCGCCCUUCCGAGGUGCGGGGUGGUCAUCGUCGCUUCAAAGCCUCCCGGACGAACCGAUGAGUCCGAGCGGACUUGGUCAAGGAGGGAAGCGAGUAAGGGAUGAUCAGGCAGCGCUUGCACCCGGACAAGCUGAAGCCAAGCAGUCCAGGCAAGCAGAUAUCUUGCAGCAUUUAACAAAUCACGAGAUCUGGUCCCACAUCCAAGAAUGGGCCAACUCCGAAGACAAGAGCAAUCCAAUAGCUUUGCAAAGGAUAGCCAAUGUGACGGAUUUCGUCGACCAAUUGCUCGACCCAGAGGAGGUCACCAAAGCGCGAAAAGUCCAACUUCAAAAGCUUUGGGAGCGAGGUGCCUUCACACCCGUGCACCGCCAAGAAAUCCCAAAAGGUUCACAAAUCUUCUCACACAAAUGGGUUGACAAGUGUUCCAAAGGAGCAUACAAGUCGCGUUUCACAUGCGCUGACGUCAAGGCUCGCUACACAGCAGCCGAGGAGGAGGGAUUGGACGUGUUCGUUCCAACUCCUACCCCAGAAGCGCACAAUCUUCUGGAGGUCUAUGCUCUGACAAAGGGUUACUACGCCCGAAGUCUGGACAUCGUCGCAGCCUUCUUGAUUGGAGCUGACCGAGGAGCCAGCGAAGGGAAGCAUGUCUACAUGCGUGCACCAGUUGAGUGGCACGACAUCUUCCUUGAGUGGCUAGAAACUCUCAGCCCCGAAUUGAAGGAUUGGUACAAGGAUUCGUUCAAAGAACUUUUCUUCGGGUUGGAUGGAAACCUAUACGGCAGAAGGACAGCCGGAUCCGUCUACAGAAAUGAGUUGGAGGAAAUCCUCUGCUCAAAGGUUGAUCCACGGCGGUAUUUUUUCUCUCGUGGUGAGAAGGAUCCAUGUGUCUUCCGUUGUGACAAGUCAGGGAUCAUCCUGAUUCACCACAUAGACGACAUCCGUAUGGCUGGACCAAAAGAGGCUGUCAACCACCUGGUUGAAGUCGAAAUGCCGAAACACUGUGAGGUCCAAGCAGGAGAGCUCGAAAGCGAAGGAACAGCUGUUGAGUACCUGGGUCGCACCAAGGUACGAACCAAAGAUGCUAUCAUCACGAUACCAGAUGAGAAGCACAUCAAAGCUGUCAUCGCUGCUGCGGGAAUCUCCGCCAGAGACCGCAGUGAGGUUCCUUCCAAACAACUGAACCUCUUAGAAACGGAGCCUCUUGGCGAGGCAGGUGCCAAGCUGUAUCGCUCGGCAGUAGGAUCAGCGAUCUACCUGUCGCUGGACAGGAGGGAGAUCCAGUACGCAGUGAAAGAAGCAUCACACACAACCUGUGAUCCCAACUGUAGCUCAGAGUGGCCAUGCGAAUUGUAUAGCGAUUCGGAUUGGGCCGGAUGCCUAGAAACACGGCGAAGCACCGACUGUUACCUAGCAGUUGUGUGUGAUGCAAUCGUCGCAUGUGGCACACAGACCCAACCGGGCCUACCAGCGACAAGUUCGCCGGACGCUGAGCUCAAGGGAGUUUCGAGGGCAGCUCGGGAAGCCAUCUUCCUCAAGGAGCUGAUCACCCGAGAUUUUGGCCAGCAGUGCGGUAAGCCCCGCCUAUGGACGGACGGUUCAUCGGCAAUGCAAGCUUCCAAGCGCAUUGGACCAGGCUCCAAGCUCAGACACCUAGAAGUCUGUGAGGUCUAUGUGCAAGGAGCUUUGCAGUCCGAGCAGAUAGCUUUGGGCAAGGUCAAGGGCACCGUGAAUUGUGCCAACUUCCUCACCAAGCAUCCAAAGAGUGGAACGGAAGUAAGGCAAACCAUGCCUGGUUUAGGCAUGUAUGAAGCGCGUGACGGAGAAGAUAUGCUCUCUUCGAGCAAGAAGAUCUCUGUCAAGGCUGUGGCAGGGCAGCCAACGUACUGCCUGUCCCCAUACGAAUGGUACGCAUUGCACUUCUUGGCCGCAAUCGGCACUUGUGUGCUGAUAUGGAAACUGGCACAACAGUUCAUCGCUUGUUGUGUGGACUGGUUAUGUCCAAUCGAGCCAGUAACGCAAGACACGGGCCAUGAGGUGCAAUUGCACAUCCAAGAUCAGCAGAUCACUUUACGAAUCAGGGUGACUGCCACCAGAAACAAUCAGCAGCUAACGCUGACUAAUCCAGCGCCAGCGGCAACCCCGCGGUCAGAGCCAGCGGCAAACCCGCGGACACCAGCGGAAGCCCCGCGGUCUCCUGAGGAACUUACUCCUCGAGGGAUCGAGAGGUGGCAUGAGGAACGUUGGGUCCAAGAAGCCGCAGAGGCCAGAAUGACCAUGCAGGAGUUGAUUGAAUGGCGCAACCAAGAAGAGUCUCUCCUACGAGGAGAGCAUCCCGACGGCAUGUCGGACCUCCAGGACUCUGAGUCAAGUGAGUCCGAGGCGGCACCAGCCAGCGCGGGCAGCACCGCGGAACAGCGGGCAGCUCCGCCUGAGCGGGCAGAUCCGCCGACCCGGGAACCGGAGAGCGAAGCCGAUGCAGCCAGCAUCGAGCGGAGCGACCCGUUCGCCCAUAUGUUUCCAGCAGAAUUCGAAGAAUGGAGACGGGCUGAAGACCGGUUCCUGGGGAUGUAG